AUGGACGCUGCAAUCGCGGAGGUCGAAGCCUGCCGUCUACCAGAUUCAGCUAGCAACCCUCAGGGCCGUCUGAAUCGCUUCGUCAUCGGCGUCGAGGAUUCGCCUAUCAACGCGCUACCACUGGAUGUGCUACAAGAGAUUCUCUGCUACCUCCCCUUUAUCAGGAGCUCAUACACGACGCACCAUCAUUGCAACAUAGACUCGCACGACGAUGUAGGCGCCAGGGAUCCACGACAAGACCUUGACGCUCGGCGAUACCUCACUGGAUCCGCCACUCACGAACUAGAUGAUGGCGCCCUAAGCGAUCACCAGUCCCUGUCGCCUCGCUUGCCUCGAGCAUGCACUUUAUCAUGCGUACAGAUUCCAUGGAACUGGCUCGAAGUCAUGCGCGUGAACCGGCGCUGGUACCGCGCCGCACACCAAUCCCCAUCAUUUCACUCGCGCAUCGCAACGCAGAACAUUUUCGCUGCUCGGCGCUCGGUUGUUCUCUCGCAGAACGAGCCCGUCUACAUUGUGGACAACUUCGAUACUUACCUUCCUACGGAGGAAAGGAGAGCUGGUGUGCGUUUUGCAAUCGAGAUGGCGCUUUCUCGUGCCGUUGAUAUUACGCUUAUCAUCGAGCGGAAGGGAUUUGAAUCCUUCAUGUCCAAACUUCGACCCUUGUUCGCCCGACCCGCCCCGCAACUGCGACGAUUUCAGAUUCACCUGCUGCAGUCCGUCACAGGACAGCCCACGCGUACAGUCGUGAUUCCCAACGACAUGUUCGCCUGCCAUGCACCUUUCAUACGCUCUAUCGACAUUGACGAGGCCUCGUUCGACAAAGCUUGCCCGCUCCUACACCCGGCCUUGACGUCGCUCAUAUUGAACGGCCCCGCGCUACCGUGGCAGACGCCUGCGGAACUGUGCGAGGCUUUGGCGCGCUUACCGCUUCUCGAGGUCUUGAACGUGCGCUACCCGCGAAGCGCAGUCGAAGAGCCUCAGCCUCCACCCAAGCCAAAGCAAAAGGGCAAACCUAAGGGGAAGAAGUCUAAGAAGAAGUCCGCUGCAGCUGCUCCGCCCCCUCCUCCCAUUCCACCGCCACCGCCACCCGCGCCCGUCGUUCCUGUCACCCUCGAACAUCUUCGGCAGUUGACUCUGGAAGCGGGACCGAACACUAUCGAGUCGUUCGUGGAGAACGUCCAUGUUCCAACCUCCGCGUCUUUGCAGAUCGGACUUCUCAUCGAUCGUCUUAGCCCUAUCAUAAACUGGGAAGACGGCCCUCUCGGGUGUGUACCGACACUUUACACGAAUCAAUUAGCUGCAGCCACAGCAUCGGGCUCAGCGUAUACGCAGGCGACUAUCACAGUCGAGCCGGUAGCCGCGAAGCAUCGUACGGAUCAACGCUCGAUCGUCAUGGCAUUCUCCCAUCCUUCUCAGAAGGAGAUCUCGCUUCCUGGUUCGAUGUGUUUCAAGGUGCACUGGACGGACCUAGGGAACGGCUCUGAGCACGAGAUGACCAUGAUAGGCAUCGCCGUCUCUGUUUGCGAGCAUAUCCCGUCGCAUCUUACGCGUCUUAACGUCAUCCAGGACGACACUCAGGCUAGCACCUACCUUGGUCGAGACGUAGACUGGAAGAUAUACGGGAAUUGGUGGUACGACUUUCUGGACGAAGACGCGAUGAAGCAUGUUGAGGAGCUCGUACUGGAGAACCGCGCCGCCUACGAUUACGCAAUUUACCGAUGGUCCGGGAGAGUGGAGAGCCGUCCACGCUUCGAGAAGUUGGAACAAAUGAUCGUACGCGACUUUGUCUGUGUCGACCGGACGUGGGUUCCGGACGACUGGACUGGGGUAGACAUCCAUGAUUACCUCUCCGCGCUGGUAGAGUAUCUGCCUGAGGAUUGCCACAUCACGUUCGAGCGGUGCGCGUUGGACAGUAAGGCACUCAAAAUUAUACGGAAGAGUGUUCCCGAGGGGAAGGUUCACUUCACUGGGUGUCGUACGCUGAUAUCGGCGGACUUUGAGGUGGAUCGGGAGGACGAGGAGUGUGAGGAGGGCUACUACGGAGACGGCUUUGCUUCGCUCUUGCCUUCAUACUUAGACUAG